UUAUCAUCGACGUCCCCUCCUCCCGGCGUUGAUCUCCUUCACAACGCUCACAAGCCUUCGCUAUCCCGACAUCAAUAGCACCGCAUCUCGUGUCUACAGACAUGGAUACCAAUUACCAAGCUAUCGUCGCGAACACGGAAAUGGUGGACGCCGCUGCCAAUGGAUGCAUACUAGACUCCUACGACGCUGCCAUCCUCGAGUUCGUCGACGAGGCAUACAUCAGAGAGUUCUCUCUCCUGCCGCACCUCUUCGAGAUGAAUGCUGGGCCUCCACAACCCGAUGCCUACGAGGCCGUGUCUCCGGUUGCUAUAAGCACACAAACACAUACGACCGAGAGCGACAGCAGCAGUCUGCUGUCCCUCCGGGACAACUCCACUGGUUUGGGCCUCAACUCCACCGUCUCCUUGUCUCGCAUGGACGAUCGCGGCGAUGCCGACUGUGCCGCCGCCCUGUCAACAUACGACUUUCUCGGCAUCGAUCCUCCAGUUCAUGCGCCCACACGCACUACGAUCCCCCUCCCCGGGUUCGCAGAAUGGAAGGGGGAGGACGAGGAGUUCACCAUGUGGUGGGAUCUCCUACGAGAGAUGGAGGCGGCCGACGAACCUGCCCCGGUGGCAGACAUGCUCCUCGAUGAGUCUGUGCUCGAAUGCACUCUGCUGUUCGCCCCAUCGGAGGGCGCCGAGUCACUCGACGGAGGACUUGAGGGUAUCCUGAGCGGCGUGGGCCUUCGCGGGCUGGAGAUAUGAUCGUCGAGAAUCAGACGGCAGAGCGGUGAUGGAGGUAGCAACGGUUGAGACGAGGGUCACUGUCUGUACGGAACUGCAAUAUCUAUGGUCGGAUCACUUGGGCAGACGCAGAGACGGGGGGGCGUGUAUUGCCUUGAUUUCACG